CAAACCCCAAAACUCCCCCAGUUUUUGCUCUGCAGAAGGAUUUUAAGAAGACUAUUGGAGGCGCUGUGUUGCUGUUCUGUGGAGCUGUAAAACCACCGAGGAAAUCAAGAAAACGGAGCCCUCGAGCACACGGCGAUUGCUUUAUUAUUUUAACAUUGUGUGUUGGUGUGUUUUAGCUGUAUACGUGUUUUGGAAACCUUAUUGUCCUCGUGGUAUUUCGUUGCUAUUUGAUAACAAUCAUAGUAAUUGUGUUUUGCUUUUACUACAGUACGUUUCAUCCGUAAUUAUGGUGUGUAGUAUACAAUAUAAGACACUAAGCAUGCUCAAGGCUGGCUCACAACAACAUACUAACAAAAACACACUGUGUUUCAUUUGUUUUCAAAUCUACAACACAUAUAGUGUUUAAUGUUUUACUAUCCCUGCUGAAAAAACAGCUUUAACCAGCCUAGGCUUGGUUUAAAACCAGCUUGCUUUUAUUUGGCUGUUGUCCAUUUUCAGCCUGGUUUUGGCUGGUCGUUUCCCAGCCUGACCAGCUAAGACCAGGCUGGAAAUGGUCAAAACCCCUCUAAAACCAGGCUGGUCGACCAACUUAGGCUGGUUUAAGCUGUUUUUUUUUCAGCAGGGAUAUUGCCCAUGAUGUGGUGUUUGUGUCCAGAUGUUGAGCAUGGAAGUGCAGAUGGACGUGAGCUGCUGUAAAUCAGUAGGAACUGAUCUGUCCAUGCUGGAUAUUGAGGAUUUCAUUAGUCAAAUCUGUCAGCUGAAGAAAGAGGUGGCGUCGCUGGAGGCCAAGCUGAGAGAAAGAGGAGAGAAACUCCAGCCAGAGCGUCAGGAUUCACUGUGCGGCGUCAGAGCUCAGAGAUCCAGAGACACGCAGAACUCAGAGCUCAGCCUGACUUUACUCUGUUAUACUGACGCUCAGGAUCAUCAGAGCUCUGAGCCAAACGCUGGAGAACAGCAGACCACCCUGAAGAUGUGCUCUGUAGGAGAGGAGGACUGCAGGAACCUGAUCCAGAGCACAGAAAACACCACAGAAGAUGAAGAUCAGAGAGAGCAGGAGGAGGAUGAUGGUGAUAAUAAUGAUGAUGAAGAUAGAAAAGAUGAUGAGCAAACACCAAUGAUGUGCUAUGAUGAACUGGAGAAAUACCUUAACCUGAUCCAGAUCAAAGAAGAAGAAAAUACUGCAGACGAAAAACCUGAUGAUGAUGAUGAAGAUCGUAACAAGGAUGUGGAUGAUGAUGACUUUGUUCCUCCAGGUUUUGCUGCUGAUCCACAAUGUGAUGGAGAAAUGCCCUCUACAUCUAAACAGCAACCCACAGGGAAGAGUUCCUCUGGAAAAACUCAUAAGCCAAAGAAUUAUCACUGCGAUCAAUGUGGGAAGAGUUUUAGAUCGCCGUCUACACUGACGAUUCACCUGAGGGCGCACACUGGCGAGAAACCGUUCCAGUGCAACCAGUGUGACAAGCGUUUCGGUACAAAGUAUUAUCUGUUGCGUCAUAUGAUAAAACACACUGACGAAACAGACAACGUAGAGAGACCAUAUCAGUGUUCACACUGUCAGAAAUGUUUCUUUGAGUUAUAUCUCUGUAAAGCUCAUGAAAAAAUUCACACCGGAGAGAGGCCGUAUCAGUGUUCGCACUGUCAGAAAAGUUUCCGAACUAGGAUGAACUUGAAAAACCAUGAGAAAAUUCACACCGGAGAGAUUAAGUGUUCGUACUGUAACAAAUGUUUUGGUACUAAGGCGCACAUGAAAACCCACGAGAGAAUUCACACUGGAGAGAAACCGUAUCAGUGUUCGCACUGUCAGAAAUGUUUCCAUGAUAAGUCAAACUUGUGUCAACAUGAGAGAAAUCACACCAGGGAUAAACCGUAUCAGUGUACUUUGAAUGCCUCGAAAACCCACAAGACAAUUCACGCCAAGGAAUUCCACAAGGAAAUUAACACUGACGUAUUAAACGCCAGAUAUCAGCGACAGACAUUUCAGUGUUCGCACUGUCCGAAAAUUCUCAUUAGUAAGUCUUCUUUGAAAGAACACGAGUGGAUGCACACCGGAGAGCGUCCGUAUCAGUGUUCACACUGUGACAAACGUUUCCGAAAUACGUCACACCGGAAAAGACACGAGAGAGUUCACACCGGAGAGAAACCGUACUUGUGUCCCGACUGCGGCAAGAGCUUCAUGAGAUGCCUUUCUUUCAGAAUUCACCAGAGAGUCCAUACAGGGGAAAGACCGUAUAAAUGUAGUUAUUGUGGGAAGGGUUUUGUUAAGUCGAGUGAUUUGAAAAUUCACCAAAGAACGCAUACAGGAGAAAAAACGUAUAAAUGUUCACACUGCGACAAGUGUUUCCCCCGACCAGAGACCCUGCGGAAUCAUGAGCGACGUCACACAGGGGAAAAACCGUACCACUGCUCCAUCUGCAGCGAGAGAUUCAGUUUUCGAUGGCUUUUGAUUACACACAAGAAGAAACACGCCGUCUCAGAAUCCUCGUAGAUCAAUUUUGUAAUUACAUUAAUGUUGUGUAUAUAAAAAUACCAAUCUGCAUUGCUACAUGGCUCUGUAAUGUGAACUGUAACGAGUGAACUGUUAUUUACUGUGAUGUUCUGAUCAGUGUGUGUUUUUGAAUCAAAGACUUGAUAUUUACA